AUGAAUGGUUGUUUAAAAUCUUAAAUACUCUUAAUAGAUUUAACUCUACCGGAAGACUCACUUUUCACCCGGAAGUAUUCAUCCGAAAGCCCUGAAAACAAUUGUGAAGCAAAACAUCAAUGGGGGUCACUUGUGUGUGCCAGGUGCCUGUGACGGAGGGGAAGAGUGUGCAGCAGACAGUGGAUAUCCUGCACAAGAAACUGGAGCAGCUGGGUGCUGUGAAGCAGGGCAGCUUCUGUGUCGACUGUGAGACUUACCAUGCAACAGGAAAUGUCAGCGGUCAGCCCUCCAAGCUCUUAUACGUGAUGCACAACUCUGAGACUCCCCUGAGCUGCCUGGCUCUGUUUGAAGGCGGACCCUGCCUGGUAGCCGACGCAAACUUUGACGUUCUCAUGGUGAAGCUAAAAAGUCACUUCCAAAAUGCCAAGGCGCACAAGGUGGAGUGUCGUGGCUCUAGAUACCGCUACUGUGACUUCUUGAUCAAAGUUGGUACUGUGACAAUGAGCUCCAGUGCCAGAGGGAUAUCAGUAGAGGUGGAGUACUGUCCUUGCGUGGUUCCAGGGGACUGCUGGAAUCUCACAAAAGAGUUCAUGCAGUCCUUUCUCGGCUCCAACGUCCCCGAACUGCCGUCUGUGUUUGCUGCCAAGCCUGAAGGACUCUUUGCACCGGCAGACUGUGUUGACACCAUGACUCAGUACCUGGAGUUGUUCAACAAACUUCGUAAACUGCAAAUCCCAGGAAGUAACGUGCGUUGAGUGUCAGUGGCAAUGGAGAGAUCUAUUUUUUUACGUUUGUGUCGAAGUUGCUUUAAUUCUGGUCCUGUGGAUCAGCAUGGUAUGCAGGCAGUUUUGAAACCUUGAGAUUUUUGUAUUUCCACUUCUAGAGCCUCAACAUUGCAUUAUUAAACCUUCCUAUUUGAUGAAAGCAUCUUGUAUUAAAAAAGACCUAGCGGGGAACAAUA